AGUCUAACGAGAGCUUUGGCACGCGUCGCACAACUCCGGAGCAGCUUUCGUGCCGUGUGGCUUCAGCCAGUCGCGUGAGAGUGACGGAGAGGGUGGGAGAGCGUGAACGACGGCGAGGGGAACAGAGAGACAGAGCGAAGGCGAGACAGAGAGGAAGGAUAACGACGACAGGAUAACGGGGGUGGGAUCGUAAAGGAAUAGAAAGAGACAGCGAGUGGUUGGUGGCACGGCGAGGAGACUGGGUGUAUGCGUGUGGCGGACAAGUGCGGACUGAGGAGGAGAGUAAAGCAAUGUCGUGCAGAGAUGAAUGAGCGAGCAUCGGGAUGCAGUUGAUACCGUGAGAAUGAGGAAGAUCUCGGUGCCGUGGACACGGCACGCGUUGGCGCCGCCGAGGCGAAGGACAGCGAAGUCGAAAUCGGGGUGCUUAUCGUACAGAGGAAGAGGACAGAGGCGGCAGUGACCAUGGCGCCCCUGCUCGCAUGUAAACACUGCUUCAUGCUCGACGCACGCCUCCACAGCAGAGUCACUACUGGUGCUAGCAUUCCCGUGGAGAGUGAUCGUUCCCGACGCCGCAAUCGUCGCCGCUGCUCGCCGCGUUCCUAUCAGUUCGUCCCACGGGCUCGAUGAACGCCCGCCGCGACAAUCUUAUCAACGUCGCCGAGAGUAUCGCGGACGUCCAGAGACAAGACGGUAUGGACGGUAGAGGCGAGUCAUGAUCCUCGUCCUGCCGCGUCGCCGUUGUCCUCGUCCUCGUCCUCGCCGUCGUCGUGGUGGUCGACGCCGCCGCCGCCGCGCGAAACCGUGCUCCGGCCGUUUGUGUUUGUUGAUACGUCGUCGAUGCGUCGAACGUGUGUGCGCGUGCAAGACGCUGAACCGAGCGAACUUCGAGCGACGGUCAAACGUGAUUGAUGCGUGACAUCCAACUGCUACCGAACAAGUGGUAACGAGCCCGAAAAACGAACGAAUCGGGGACCCGUUCGAGUUGCGAAACACGCCGCGAAAUUCCAGUGAAUCGCGCGUGUCCGAGACGAGAAGGAGGGAACACGUAUCGCGGAAAACGUUCGAUUACGGGCCUCGAUCGGACGUCGCGUCGCGUCGUGACUCUCGUCAGAUCGUUUUCGUAGCCGGUGGUGAGAGUUCUCGAUUGCCAUGGUGUUGCACGAAGUGACGACCUUCUCCGUGGCCGAAUUCGGAAGGAACUCAACACGUCCGCGUUGCACACCGCCGUUGAUGCAUACGCACAGAAGACUGAGGUGUAUCAUCCCCCACUCCAAACAACAUAUCGCUUAUCCACCAUAAGUGGAAGAAGGUGAUGGCCCGUACCACGCGCUCGCGACGAAAAAUGGCGAACACGACUGAUGCUCCCUCGCCUGCGAGCAGCCUUUUGUCAUCCACCACGACGACCCCAUUCACCAGCCCGACAUUGACAACCUACUCUACCGAGGGCUACACCUUCAAUUAUAGCGGCCUGCCCAGCCUAGGUGGCUACUCGUUGGAGGAUCUGAAUUACACGGAACUCUUGGUGGACGUAUGGAAUAGCACCGAGGCCAGUAACGUGACCGAGAGGUUAAAUACCACUGUACUGCCAUCGGCAGGAGGCUACUGCGACGAAUGGGAGGCAGCGCAGCACAAGCUCUUCCAGGCGGCGAAUUUGUUCUUCGCAGCGGCGUUCUUGGUGCCGCGCUCAUUCAAGGCCUCAGUAUUGGCGCUACGCACGUUUCUCACGGCCGGCUUCAUGCUAGCCGCGCUCUGGGCUGGCAUCACGAUCUGCGCCCUGGACGCGAUGCUUUGGUGCCUAGCUCUCGGCCUCCUGAACGGGAUCCACUCGCUCAUACUAGCCUGUCGAUUUCUACCGCCCGCGCUCAGCCCGGAACUGGCCGAGCUCUAUCUGAAACUGUUCAAGCCGUACAAGGUCAGCAAGAAACACUUCCAGGAGCUGGCAAAGGAGGCGAGGAUAUUAAAGUUGGACUCUGGUCAGACGUACGCGACCGAGGGCGUCACGCCUGCCGAUGAACGGCUAUCGAUACUACUGCGUGGCAAAUUGAGGGUGACUUGCGACGGGACGCACCUGCAUUACAUCAAAGCUUAUCAGUUCGUGGACUCGCCGGAAUGGGAGGCCAUGCACGAGAACAUCGACGACGUCUUCCAAGUGACGAUACGCGCGGAGGAGUCGAGCACGUACAUCUGCUGGACCAGGCUGAAGUUGCUCAGGGUGCUCAGGCACAGGCCGCUGCUCAAGGUCGUCCUCAACACCCUCAUCGGUAAGGACAUUACGUCCAAGUUGUACGCCCUUAACGAGCAGCUCGCUGGUGUCGCCGCGGCCAGUGAGACAUCCUCGUCGAAUCCUUACAGGGGCGUCGCGAGAAGUCUCAGCGUCGACGCCGUAAACACUGAAACUGCCGGAAGAGUACGAUCGACGACGUGGAAGGCACAAAGGAGGCACAGCAACCCUCGUAGCGACAGGAGUUCGCCGUCCCGGUAUUCGCACCAGUACUGGGCGCCGGUGGUGGCGAAUCAUUUCCCAGCGAAUUCGCCGUUCGUCCAGGGCCAGAACCUCGGGUAUUCGUUACUGCCGCAGGGUGUUCAGUUCUCGCCACCAUCGCGGGCACCCCUCUUGUCGCACCAGCCGGUGACGAGGCAGCGUAGUGGCGGCGGCACGAGCGGCGAUUACACCCUGCUACCUCAGACACCGAAGCUCGAGAGGAAACGCUCGAAAAAGGGGGCGAGAGAG